AUGGGUCUGAAUAUGGUGAUAAACUUGGACGUGCAUGAACUAAUAGUGAUGGGAGAUUCUGACUUGGUUAUUCAGCAGGCUCAGGUAAAGGAACCAGACUUGAACUUGCUAAGAUGUAUAGAUGCUAAAGAAGUCGAGAAGAUUAUGAAUGAGGUGCAUGCGGGAGUAUGUAAGCCACACAUGAACAGAUACGUCCUCGCAAAGAAGAUACUUCGAUCAGGAUAUUACUGGCUCACCAUGGAACGAGAUUGCUUCCGCUUUGUGAGAAAAUGUCACCAGUGCCAGAUUCAUGGUGAUUUGAUUCAUUCACCCCCUUCAGAGCUACACCCUAUGGCAUCUCCUUGGCGUUUUGUCGCUUGGGAGAUGGAUGUCAUUGGGCCAAUUGAGCCGAAAGCUUCGAAUGGACAUCGAUUCAUCUUGGUCACAAUUGAUUACUUCACCAAAUGGGUGGAAACAGUCACUUUCAAAGCAGUCACCAAGAAAACAGUAGUAGAUUUUGUUCAUUCUAACAUCAUCUGUCGCUUCGGUAUCCCUAAGACCAUCAUCACUGACAAUGCAGCCAAUCUAAACAGUCAUUUGAUGAAGGAGGUAUGUGAGCAAGUCAAAAAUGUGCAUCGUAAUUCUACCCCUUACCGACCAAAAGCCAAUGGAGCCGUUGAAGCUGCAAACAAGAACAUUAAAAAGAUUCUUAGGAAAAUGGUUCACGACACCAAACAAUGGCAUGAGAAGCUGCCUUUCGUACUGUUAGGAUACCGCACAACGACUCGCACUUCAGUUGGCGCAACUCCUUACUUGUUGGUGUACGGGACUGAAGCAGUAAUACCGGCUGAAGUUGAAAUUCCCUCUCUCCGUAUUAUUGUGAAAGCCGAGAUAGAGGAUACUGAAUGGGUCAAAACCCGAUUAGAGCAGUUGAUGUUAAUCGAUGAAAAACUGUUGGCGGUUUCCCCGCAAAACUUAAGCUUGAUGUGCAAGAAUGAAGCUCCAGCUCUCGUCAUAGAGAAGAAGGAUGUUUAA